AUAUAGUAAUUUAAUAAACAACAAUAAACAGCUGGACAAAUUACACUCAACGUCCCUCGUAUCAUAAACCCACCACGAGUCAAAACAAGCGAGGAACAGCGAGAGUCAAUCCACCAUAGUCACCCUUAUAAAACCAGCAUCACGUACGUUUUCUCUGACGGAGCAGCGGCGGGAGGCGGGAAAAGGAAGCACGAGGAAGAUCUUAAGCAGGAAAAGACUUAAUAAAACCACAAAUCCAGCCUAUAUUUGGAAGCAAUGUAGAGAGGUGGUGGUGGCUGGGACGUGGCGAUACAGAGCCUGGAGAGCGAGAAGUGAGAAGAGGAGAGAAGAGAGACAGAGUGACUUGAAAAAUGAAUAAAUAAAAUAAACAUUGUAUUCAUAAGUGAGCAACGAGAGACAGUGAAAUAAAAUGAAGUGAUAAUCCAUGAAAGUGACAUGAAAAUAAAGUGACACGGUGAGACAAUGAGAAGGAAUUGAAGUGUAUAAAGGAUUGAAGUCUAUAACCAGUGUAAGAGAACAGUGACAUGGCCGUGGGCGUUGUGGGCGGCCUGGUGGGCGUACUGGGGCGAAAUCUUAGGAAACGGCAAUCAAUCACUGUCCUCUUACUCCUCGUCUUCUCCUUGUCUCUCAUACGUAACGCAAAACACGAGAUAAAGAUAGAGACCAGGGAGGAGAAAGAGGAAGAGAAGGAGGACGGGGAGGAGUACAUCACGUCAGAGGAGGUGAUGCACGCCCUUCGCCUCCUGGACAGCGCCGUGAGCACCGUGGAGGCUGAGUGCGGCAGGAUGGUGACACUCGGGGGCAGCAUCACGUGUUCCUGCGAGAAGAAGCUGUGCGGGGUUGACGGGGCGAAGAUGGUGUGCCUUGACCCCGAUGUGAUGCCGCCGCCCCGUCACUGCCACGCCUUCAACUUCGGCAUAGGCUACGAGUUCUCCUUCGACGAGGCUCUGGUGAACUAUGGCUGCCGUGUCUUUGCCUUCGACCCCACCAACAACAACGUGACCAACAGAGUGUACCAGGUUAACACACUGGGCCUCGCCGCACCACCAAGGCCACCGUCACUCCGCAGGGCCUUCCACGCCUUGAACCUCGGCCUUGGACCAAAGGAUCACACGCUACUCCUUAACCUGACGGAGGACGGGAGGCAGUACAGAGCAAACGUCGCUGCUUUCCUCACCUACAAGUCAGUCCUUCGCAUCCUGGACACCCCGCGCGUGGACAUCAUUAAGAUUGACAUCGAAGGAGUAGAGUGGCAGAUCCUACAAGAGAUCCUGAGCGCUCCUAAUGCUGCUGAAGUCCUACGAAAUGUCCGCCAGAUCCUAAUGGAGGUGCAUUUUGAUUUCCUGAAGCCAGGCGCAAACGCUGAGGAACUUCUGAAGGCAGUUUGGAGGGCGCUUGCAGUCCUGCGCCGCUUGAAGGAGUUAGGAUUCCACUUAGCAUCCUUUGAUCUCAAUAACACGGGGCAGAAAUUCGUGGUGUUUGGUACCAUGCGUGUGGCUCUGUUCAGGGAGGUCACCUUGAUUAGAAGAGGGGUUAGAUUACGUUAGGUUAGACUAGGUUAGGUUGGGUUGGAUUGGGUUGACUUGGGUUAGGUCAGGUUAGGUUAGGUCAGAUGAGGUUAGGUUAGGUCAGGUUAGGUUAGGUUAUGGUUGGUUAGGUCAGGUUAGGUUAGGUUAGGUUAUGGUUGGUUAGGUCAGGUUAGGUUAGGUUAUGGUUGGUUAGGGUGUAAAAUUGUCAGUAUGUCUGUGUGUAAGAUUGAAUGAAUGUGUUAUUUAUUUGCUUAUCUCUUAUUGUGUAUUUUUAUCGUCUUUAUUUAUGUAUUUCAUCCACUUGUUUAUUCUUGUAUGUACUCGUCUAUUUGUUUUAUUUCAUUUAUGGCGGCUGCUUUCUUUUGUUUAGAGGAAAGAAAUGUUUUGGAAUUGAGAGAGAGAGAGAGAGAGAGAGAGAGAGAGAGAGAGAGAGAGGUGAGGGGAAGGAAGCAACUCUCUCUCUCUCUCUCUCUCUCUCUAGUGGCAAAUAUUAAAUAAAACGCAGUGUGGCAUACAAAAUAUUUCCUUUAUUAAGACAUAUUAAAUAACAAGGCACUCUCUAUGUACAAAUUCUAUUAUUUUAACCUACUUGUGUUUUAGUUCAGUCCGCCCUCUCAGCAUUAUGCGUUACCAAAGAAAAUGGGAGUCACCUGUGUGUGUGUGUGUGUGUGUGUGUGUGUGUGUGUGUGUGUGUGUGUGUGUGUGUGUGUGUGUGUGUGUGUGUGUGUGUGUGUGUGUGUGUGUGUGUGUGUGUGUGUGUGUGUGUGUGUGUGUGUGACAUCUCUAUCCCCUCAAGGAAUGCACCGAAGCAAAUUGAAAAAAAAAAAAGAGAAAUGAAAAUAGAAAAAAAAAUUGUAAAAAAUGCAACAGUAAAAUUUAAACAU